AUGCGUGGUGGACGGCUUCGUGCCACAACUCUCAGAUGCAGCGGUCGACCUGUUGUCAACGCCUCCUGGACGUCGCGUGGGCUAAAGCGCCGGCAAAUUCAACGCAACGGAAGUACAUUUACUCGUAGCGCUUCAUCCGCCCAGGGACUACAGUGGCGUAUACCAAGCCGUCGAAAUUCGCAACUGCUUCCGACUCUACGGGCAAAUUCCUUUCACAUCAGGUCAAUCGCGACACAGGCUGUCGAGGUCGAGCGCGUAGCCGAAGAUGAAGGCGGGUACGAGCAGGAUCCCGAAAGAGAUGGAGUGCGACCACCCAGAGACCUCGAUUCGUAUAAACUGCUAGAACUAGCCCUGGACCGAAAACGUGCUCCUAGCGGAUCGGAUCCCCGCCAGUCUACUGCGUCAGGACCUCCACCGAAAAGCCACGCUCAACGUGUGACUGAAGCUCAGAACAAAACCUAUACCGGGGUCAUCCCUCCCAAUGUAUUUCCCCAGAUUGUGCGAGCCAUCCGCUCUGCAAGAGUACAGGGCUUGCCUGAUCAGACGGGUGGACUUGUGGGCGAGAGUGAGAAAGUCUCGGCAGACGAAAGAGCUGCUCCAGUCCCAAUAAACAAAUUCAGUGUACGGCGGCUCAAAGAGGGAGCUUCUAUGAGAGCUAGUCGAGAAUGGGCCUGGCAACAGACACAUCCAAAGUAUCUCGCCAAACGCGAAGCGCGCCGCAAGCUGCCAAUAAUGGCCGCGAGUCGCGACAGAGAGAUCAUGGCAGCUCUGACCAAAGCCGAUGUUCUCAUCAUCCCUGGCGAAACAGGGUCAGGCAAAUCCACCCAGGUACCACAGAUAAUCCUCGACUGGGCUACAGAACGCGGUCGCGCGGGCUUUACAAACGUCAUCAGUGCUCAGCCUCGACGUCUUUCAGCCAAGUCCAUUGCAGCUCGAGUAGCUUUCGAACGAAACGAGGAAGUUGGGGACCGAGUCGGUCAUCAAGUUCGAUUUGACAGAGAGGCGCCGCGGUCUUAUGGCGUCGGCAGCAUUCUCUUCUGCACCACUGGUGUCUUGUGGAAUACACUGACAUAUCAGAACGAGUCAUUUUACGACAACUACACGCAUGUCAUCCUUGACGAAGUCCACAUGAGGACUGCUGAGAUGGACAUAUUGCUCCUGACCCUGAGGAAUGAACUUUUCAAACGGCGCGCAGCUGGUCAGCCGUGCCCGAAGCUGAUUCUAAUGUCGGCGACAAUCGAUACGCAGAAGUUUGUGGACUAUUUCACCGUGCCUGGCAAUGAGAGCGCCUCGUUUCGUACGAGCGUUUACUACGUGCCCGGCCGAACAUAUCCAGUUGUCUCGCAGUAUCUCGAGGAUAUGUUGCCAGCCUGA